AUGGCAGACAUGGAAUUUGCUAAGGUCCACAACUCUGCCAUUUUUCUCGAAGACCCUCCUGCAGCUCACAAUGACUUAAAGUUCAUUGUUGAUGGUUUGAAGAAGUCUUUCCUAGUCCGUGCUUUAACCACAUGCCCUGUAAUUUAUCAGAAUCUGGUCAUGGAUUUUUGGAGGAGCGCAGUUGUGAAAAAGUAUAAUCAGGGUGAAAAGUUCAUUGAAGCGAAAAUUGAAGAAAAGAAAGUUCAAGUGUCAGAGAGCAUUAUUCAGGAAUCUCUUCAAAUAGACAAUAGAUCUGUGUAUACUAUGGAGAUUGACAUUCAUCCAACCCACAAUGUCUUAGAACACAUGGGGUACGAGGGAACAUUUCCCCCUACCAUCAAGAAUUUGCUUCCUCCUCGUUGGAAAUAUCUGGCCUACGUGUUUAUGAGUUGUAUUUCCUACAGGAGAUCAAGUGCAAAUGAAAUCUUCCUGGCUAACACAGGAGCAAUCGUAGCCUUGGCUGCAAGAUUUGAGUUCAACUUCUCCAAGUUCAUAAUGCAUGAGUUGAUUCUAAAACUUGAAGGGAGCAAGAGGGAUAAAUUCUUGAUGUACCCAAGAUUUUUGCAAAUCAUCUUCAAUGUGAUGCAUCCUGAGCUGCAGAGAGCCAAUGAAACCUUGGAUCUCAAAUCUGUUGGUCCAAGUGCUUUUGGGCUAAUGAAACAAAUGAGAGGUGGGAAAUUCAUGUUUGAAGGAAAGUUCCCUUUGAUAAAAUUUGGAAUUUUUGAAGAAUGUGAUCGAUCAGAAUCAGGAGAGCGGUGCAUCCCCAUGGAAUAUGAAGACAUUGUUCAUUCAACUUUCGAGCCAGAAAUUGAGGUGGUUCAUGAUUCUCCUUCAGCCGCUGUGGUUGAGGAACAUGAUCAUCAGAAAGAAAAUGAAACACUAUCUGCUCAAGAGGGUGAUGAUGAUGAUGAUCGUUAUAAUGAUGUAGAGUUUUUGAAGGACAUUGAUUUUAUAGGGAUUAGUGAUGACAUCCCGACAAAUAUAGAAUUUGAUCUUGAUGAUGAAUAA